AUGCAUCGCCUGAAGGCCGACGAGGCCUAUCUUGUCGGCAAGGGUCUACCGCCAGUCGCCGCCUACCUGAUGAUUGACCAGAUUAUCGACACGGCCCUGAAGAACAACAUUGACGCCAUCCACCCGGGCUACGGCUUCCUGUCGGAGCGCGCCGACUUUGCGCAGGCCUGCGAGAAUGCGGGCAUCGUCUUCAUCGGUCCGAGCCCUGACGUGAUGGCUAGAAUGGGGGACAAGGUUGCUGCUCGUCAAGCUGCCAUUGAAUCCGGUGUCCAGGUCGUUCCCGGUACCUCUGGGCCCAUCACCAAAGCCGAGGAGGCCGUGGAAUUUGUCAAGGAACACGGCACACCCAUCAUCCUCAAAGCGGCCUAUGGCGGCGGCGGACGCCGCAUGCGACGCGUCGACAAGAUUGAAGAGGUCGAGGAGGCCUUCCGCCGCGCCUACUCGGAGGCCCAAUCGGCGUUCGGAGAUGGCAGCCUGUUUGUCGAGAAAUUCGUCGAGCGCCCCCGCCAUAUCGAAGUGCAACUGCUAGGAGAUCACCACGGAAAUAUUGUUCACCUGUACGAGAGGGACUGCUCGGUGCAGCGCCGUCAUCAGAAAGUCGUGGAAAUCGCGCCCGCCCCGGCUCUGCCGCCCGGCGUCCGCGACAAGAUCCUCGCCGACGCUAUCCGCCUCGCCAAGCACGUCGGCUAUCAGAAUGCUGGAACCGUCGAGUUCCACGUCGACCAGAAGGGCCACCACUAUUUCAUCGAGGUCAACGCGCGACUUCAGGUGGAGCACACCGUCACCGAGGAGGUCACUGGUGUCGACCUCGUGCAAGCGCAGAUCCGCGUGGCCGAGGGCAAGACGCUGGAGGACCUGAAGCUGAAGCAGGACACGAUCCACGUCAAUGGGGCCGCUAUCCAAUGCCGAUUGACAACUGAAGAUCCAGCUCGUGGAUUCCAGCCGGACUCGGGUCGCAUUGAGGUGUUCCGCUCUGGCGAGGGCAUGGGCAUCCGUCUCAACUCGGCCUCGGCCUAUGCCGGCUCGGUGAUCACGCCGCACUACGACUCGCUGCUGGUGAAAGUGAUCGCCUCAGCGCGCUCGCACAACAAAGCCGCCGCCAAGCUCAUCCGCGCCCUCAAGGAGUUCCGCAUCCGUGGCGUCAAGCCCAGCGAAAAUCGUGCCCAGAAGCUGCUCACGUCUUUGGGCGAGAUCCAAGUCAACGGCGCCACCACCCCGCUUGCCACCACUACAAAGCCGGCCCACGUCGAGCCCCCGGUUCCCGACCUCAAAGCCGGCACCAAGCCCCCGGUCGGUCUCCGCAGCGUGCUCGUCAACGAGGGCCCCGAGGCGUUCGCGAAGGCCGUGCGCCGCAACAAGGGCUGCAUGAUCACCGACACAACUUUCAGGGAUGCCCACCAAUCGCUGCUCGCCACCCGCGUGCGCACCUACGACCUGGCCAAGAUCUCGCCGUUCGUCUCGCACAAGUUCCCGCACCUGUUCUCGCUGGAGAACUGGGGAGGAGCCACCUUCGACGUGUCGAUGCGUUUCCUCCACGAAUGCCCCUGGGAACGACUGGAGACGCUGCGCAAGCUCAUCCCAAAUAUUCCUUUCCAAUGCCUGCUGCGCGGCGCUAACGCGAUGGGCUACAGCAACUACCCGGACAACGUCAUCGAUAAGUUUGCCGAGCUGGCCGUCAAGUCGGGCAUGGACAUCUUCCGCGUGUUCGACUCGCUCAACUACGUGCCCAACCUCCUAGUCGGCAUGGAGGCGGUCGGCAAGGCGGGCGGUGGCGUUGAGGCGACGAUCGCGUACAGUGCGACGUCUCCGACCGGGCGCACGAUCCAGUACUACCUCGACUGGGCCGAACAGCUCGUCAAGGCCCAGUGCCACAUCUUCUCCAUCAAGGAUAUGGCCGGCGACUUGAUGCCUCUGGUU